AUGUUCGAUUUUAGUGGCCACAAGGCGAUUGAUGAGUCCAAAGAGAAGCUUCCGCCAUUAUCGGUUUUGUUGCAUCCAACACAUCAUUCUCGCCAAACUCCCGAAAAUUUAACAGAAAAUAGACUAGAUGCUUGCCAGGAUUCUGCAAAAAUCCAUCAAUCUCCAAAUAAUUCACCUCUUGCCCGAGGACACUACAAUAUUAUGCGUCAAGAAGAUCUCGAACGGCAACAACAUGUUCAACAGUUAUCAGAUUCAUCCACACCUUCGUUUUCGACUUCAAACGAUGAUGGAGUACAUUCUUCACGCGUAUUGUCGGAUGUUCGUUUACCUUCUAUCAAUCAUGUUUAUCCCCCUCAACGAUCGGUGAAUGCCCCUUUGCAUCAUGAAAGGUCUCUUCAAUUGCAACAAAGUCGUUCAGAAACUUUUAGUCAAAAUAAUUUAUCACCUAUAUGGUCAAGACAACAAGCUCCUCAGCAAUCGCCGAGACAAUCUUCCGGUUCUCUACAUGAUUCUAGUCCUAGCGCCAAACCCCCUGUCCGAUUCGUUAAUAAUAUUCAUUCACCAGAAUAUAUUCGUUCUAAUUCUUUUGCAAAAAAUUCUUCUCACUCUUCUGCUUUAAAUUCUCAAAACCUUGAGAAAGUUUUGGCAGAUAUGCAAAAGAUAACUGAACAUUGCUCUCUGAUUAGCCAAUUUGCUGCGCAAUAUGGUGAUUACAGAAUCCAAAUGAAUAAAUUUGGUCAAUUUCCUUCAACUACAUGGACUGCUAACCACGGCAUGUCUCCGGAGGCCCAGAUUCCAGAAAUGAUAAAUAAAACUUAUGAAAUUCUGGGUGUAUUGAAUAAUAUCAAAAGUGAUCUUGGUCAGACUACUUCGAGUGAUCAAGAAACGAUAAAUCUUAUUAGGACAAAGAGAACUACCGUUGGACCUUCAGCAACGCGGACGAAAUAUCGGAAGCGAAGUAAACGCGCGGCACCUCCCGGAAGAUGCCACUCUUGUAAUAUAUCUGAAACUCCCGAGUGGCGUCGAGGCCCUGACGGUGCCAGAACUUUAUGUAAUGCUUGUGGCUUACAUUUUGCAAAAUUGACCCGGAAAAGAGCUCUUACAGCAAUGCAUCAACAGUCUAUACAACCGCCGCCUAAAAUUCACCGCGGUAAUUCGGUCCUCCCAAACACGCCUACAAUGACGCAACCACCUCCGUUAAUUCUCCCACAACCAAAACCGCCAAUGAGUUUGAUGGGAGCGUUGCAACUUGCAGCCCCUCACAACCCAUUGAUUUGA